AUGCCUGGUAGUGAAGUUGUACCCGUCGAAAUAUUAGCUGAGAAUUUUUACAAACUCCAGUUAGAGCUUCGUGCCCAGUCCCUUCCAAAUUAUUUGAGACCUUUUUCCGGCGAGGGAAAUCAUAAAUUUUCGGACUGGAUACGAGACCUUGAACGUCGAUUGCCAGAAACUCAUAUUUCACAUUAUACAACUGAUCAAUCACAGUUACACCGUUUAGUUGGCGUCACAGGCAAUCCGCUCAACGUUCACGGUAAAGCUGUUAUCACGUUUAAGUUGGCUAAACGAUCUAUUCAAUUUGCUUUUAAUAUUGUUGACCGUCUAGGCAAAAAUCUUAUAAUCGGUAGCGAUUUCUUUAAAUCAUUUGGUUCUGACAAUCGAAAUAUAUGUGAAGCUUAUUCCAGUUUUGUAGAUAUUAUCGAAAUUGAACUGAAGCAACGAGUGCCACAACUAAAGACAUCAUCGUGUUCAUCAAGAAAGGGGAAAAGCUUACACAAACCUCACUGGAAUGACGAACUUUCAAAACUAUGGAAAUCAGUCUGUGACAAGGAAAAGGCUUGGAUCAAGUGUAACGAACACUGUUCUAAAAGAAAACUGCACAAGGAAUUCUGUGAUGUAAGAGACAUUUUUGAUAAAACAAACCGUAGGUUUAAGAGACUGCAUCAAUCACAUGAACAGGAUCGAUUACUGAACCUUUACGAAUCAGCCAAUAAACAAGAUUUUUGGAAACAAUUUGGAAAAAUUGGAAUCGCUAAUGACCGGAAAAGUUCAAUACCAAUGAAAGAAGAAACGGACAGUGGAUUCUCGAGUGACCCGGGAGAUGUAUUACAGCGUUGGAAACAUACUUUCAUAAUUUAUUGA